CGACCCGUAAGACGUGAAUCAGUGUGUUAUUGUGUGUAAGUUAUAACUGGUGUGGGAUUUUAAAACGAUAAAUAUCUAAUUUCUGUUAUCCUCUCCGUCCAGAAACCCUAAACCCUAAACAGUCGACAGAGCCCCCAAUCAAGGAAUAAUCAGAUUAAAGUUUGAUCUGAUGAAGAGGGCCUUGCCAUGGAAGGAUGAUGAGGAAAAUGAUUCAUCAUCUUCUGAUGAAUCUUCAUCAUCUAAUUCAGACUCUGAAGCUGAAGAUGGACCUCCCAACACCAAGUCUAAGAAAUCAUCUCAAUCUGAAAAAUCAUACCUGGGUUACCUUUAUUGGCUGUAUACGUACAGCAAAGUCUGGGAAACAAAAGAGUGCUGCUUUGCAUUUUGAAGCAUUGAAGCGACAUGGCUAUAAGGGAGGGCUAUCCGUUCUAAAUGUGCCUCCUCCAAAAGAGAAGCCAGACUGGUCUUGGUCUAAUGGCAAAGAAGGCCGUGAAACCAGGGAGGUUAAAGAAUCUUUUGAAGACAGACAGAAAACAAGAGCUGCAAUAUUGGAUGCAGAGGAGCUGGCUUAUGUACAAACUCGAAAAGAGAAACAGAAUGUUUCUUUUUCACGGAAGGAGAAGAGGAAAAGAGAACUUGGUCAAGCUAGUAGGGGGAAGAAUUAUGUUGAAGAAGAGAAGAGGUUGCUAAGGGACCGUGGCAUCUAUUCUGGUUUUGAUUCUUGAUCUGUGGUGGUGUGGGUAGGCAUGUAGUUUCUCAUCGUGUAUGUGAUGUAGAAGACUUGUAAUGUACAUGACCUUUUCUCAUUCCGUAUGGGAUCUAGAAGACUUACUAUAUGGAACCUCUCUGGUGUUAGACAUUCGGUUGUAAAAUCUAUUUGGUAGUUUUUGAGAAAA